GGAGCUCGGCGUACCAGAGAACUACAACUCCCAUCAGGCACUUGGGGCCCCCGCGGCCUGAAAGAGAGAAAACAGCUUAAGAACUACCACUCCCGUGAGGCUCCGCUCCUCGCGCCUGCGCAGAGCCCAGGGCCACGUCACUUUUGCGGUACCAAAGACCACGCGCCUCAUCCAUGGCUUCCGUGGACUCUCGCCGCGUUGGGGAUGGCAGCGGUGCUGGGGGCACCUUCCAGCCCUACCUAGACUCCUUGAGGCAUGAACUGCAGCAGACAGAUCCGACGCUAUUGUCAGUAGUGGUGGCGGUUUUUGCGGUGCUGUUGACGCUGGUGUUUUGGAAGUUCAUCCGGAGCAGAAGGAGCAGUCAGAGAGCUGUUCUUCUUGUUGGUCUGUGUGACUCCGGGAAAACAUUGCUCUUUGUCAGGGUAAAUGCUUUGAUUUAUAUCUCUGUUAACACCUCUGUUAAACUUUAUAAAAGAUUUUAUAGCAUCCCAGGCAAUAGCCUGAACUUGAUUGACCUCCCCGGCCAUGAGAGCUUGAGGCUUCAGUUCUUAGAGCGGUUUAAGUCUUCAGCCAGGGCUGUUGUGUUUGUUGUGGAUAGUGCAGCAUUCCAACGAGAGGUGAAAGAUGUGGCUGAGUUUCUGUAUCAAGUCCUCAUUGACAGUAUGGGUCUGAAGAACACACCAUCAUUCUUAAUAGCCUGCAAUAAGCAAGAUAUUGCAAUGGCAAAAUCAGCAAAGUUAAUUCAACAGCAGCUUGAGAAAGAACUCAAUACCUUACGAGUUACCCGUUCUGCUGCCCCCAGCACACUGGACAGUUCCAGCACUGUCCCUGUUCAGCUGGGAAAGAAAGGCAAAGAGUUCGAAUUCUCACAGUUGCCUCUCAAAGUGGAGUUCCUGGAGUGUAGUGCCAAGGGUGGAAGAGGGGACGCUGGCUCUGCUGACAUCCAGGACUUGGAGAAAUGGCUGGCGAAAAUCGCCUGAGGGGCAGCGCCAAAGCAUGAGACACGGAUGUGUGUGUGUGACUGAUUCAGUUUGGGGAAAAGGGCUAUGGUAGUCUGUAGUUGAUAGAGAAAAGGUACAAAAUGUGGUUAGAAACAUUUCCUUGUUGUAGAAACAAAUUACUGUUGAAACCAGCUUGAAUUUUUUUUUUAAGUUCAGUUCUCCCGCAUGGCUCCCUUUCAAACAAGUCACUUUUAUUUGACCUUUGUAUCUUCCCUUCGUUAAGGUGUGUUUAACGUCUAGUGUAUGUUUGAUGGAGGGCCAAGGUCUUUGUGACAUAAGAAACUGACUCCACACAGAGAAGACAUUAGCAGGAGAAUAUGCUUAUCAUCUGGAAAGUGUUCUUAUCCUCUGCUUCUGUGCUUUGUGCCCUUUUCCCUGGAAACAGACGUGCCUGUUCAUGAAGCCAGUUGAUUUCUUGUUGCCCCUGAGGUUCAUGAGCAAUACAUUGUCUAGUCCUUUGUGAAUUCCCCGAUUUGUAGGCACAGUUACAGUACGGUUUCCCCACACGUGAAGACAGCUAUAAAACAGCAGGCCUGCGCCGACAAUGAGUCUGUUCUUCAUCAGCUCAGUGACUUGACCACACUCCAGUCUUAGCACUUAUGGUUCAGAAGCUUGUCACGAACCCCUGGAGUCAUUCCUAGAUAACAGAACUAGAAAUGCCAACUCCCCAAAUACCAAGGGUCUGGUGUGUUCUUGUGGUUACACCGGGGAACAUAUGGAGAUUUAGAGGCUGUUCCACUUCUCUGGAUGGCUGAGGGUUCCUGGGCCAUCCUUAUGUGCUGCUUGAACAGCUCCAAUUUUGCACCCUUGCUGGGAUGCUGUGGGACAAAUCCAAAGUGAAAAAAGUUCUCUGUAGAUUUCUGAAGUGCAUAUUCAUUGAUGCUAAAAAAAAAAAAUAAAGUCUGCCUUUU